ACAUCGUGCCCAGAGGCCAUUGUGAUGCAGGUCCACGCAGUGACUGUGUGGGUAACAAAUCCCUGCAGUGGCCACUCUCAGGAGAGCAGCUCUCUGAGGAGGCAGCAGCUUCUCUGGAGGCAGCAGCUCCCCUGGGUGAUUGUGGCCAGUGUUCAUCAGAGCACUCCCACAAUGUCAAAGAAGCAGGAGGCAAAUGCCCACGACCAGCCCCGUGAGGGGCAGCCACUGCUGUACCUGCGGCGACAGGUGAGCCACAGGCAGCCAGAGGCAGCAGCACGGGUCACCUGGACGACCAUCACAUCCAUCCCUGGGGACAGGCCGACUCUGUUGCCCAAACCCAUCCGGUGCCAGAGCCCCACCAGGUCCUGCUCUCGCAGGCGCAGGCAGGAGGGCGGGCACUCAGUGCCCCACAGCAGUGUCACACGGCCACAGAGAUUGUCGGUGUGUGACUUGCCGCCUCUCCAUGGCCCUCACUUGACACUGGCACCUCCAAGCCAGCUCAGUGGUCACAGCUCAGGAGUGUCCACUGAGAGCGUGAACCUGCCCCCUCUGGCUGCAGCAGCAGCAGCAGCAGCAGCCACCUCUGGAUCCUGUUCCAGAGGCACAGCACAUGCUGUGGGAGCAGCCUGUGCCAGUGUCAAGCUGCCCCCUCUGCCAGCAGCAGCAGCAGCAGGAGCCUCUGUGUCUUUUUCCAGAGGCACAGCACUGUGUGCUGCAGGCCCCAUGGCCAGGGGUCAGAGAGAGCCUGUGCCACCUUCUCCAUGGGGCCCUGUGGCUGCAGGCAGAGCCCAGGGAACACCUUCCCUGGAGAGCAGAAAGGCAGGGCUCUGGCAUGGGUCAGCGGCAAGGCAGGGCCAUGGCCUGCGUCCUGUGCAAGCCGCACGCGGCCUGCCGCUCCGCACUGGGACCCAGCCGGCUCCUGGGAAGCACCUGGGGCACUCUGGGACACAGGAGCUUGUUGAGGUGCAGGAAGGGAAGGGUGGCAACAUCUACAGCGGACUUUUUGGAGGCCUGAGCCCAUCCCUGUCAGAAGACAGGUUCAUCAUGUCCACCUGCACCCAGGAGCAGCCAUGUGCCCAGCAAGAGGUGGAUGCAGAGCCCCAGGAGCUGUCCGGUGCAUCCAGAGGCUCCGCAGAAGAGACAGGAACAUACUCUGAGCUCCUGUCUGCUGGCCAGUUGGCAGAGCAGAGCUCUGUCUCUGAAAACUCCCAGCCCUGGGACUCUUCCCUAACGGAGCUAGAGGAAAAGCGGGAGGAGGAAGAGCUCCCAGCAACAAAGGCUGAAGGAGAGCGGGACAGCUCCCUGCAGAGUGUCGUCACUUGCCCCGUUGAAUGACAACGAGGUAGAGGCAGAGGCUUCUGCCCUGGCUGGAGAUCCCUGGGAUGAGGGGCACAGCAAGGUCUUCCUCACAUCAGAGCCUGAGGAAACCUCAGGCUUCUCAGCUUCUCCUUCGUGUGGAGGUCCCUGUGAGGUGAGGGCAAUUUGUCGGCCAGCUGAGCACGCUGCACUUCACAAGCAGCUGUGCCUGGGCCCUGACACUUUGCUGCACCUCAUGCGGAAAAAGAGAGAGGAGCUGGAGAAGCUGGAGGAAGACAAAAUGUAUGCAGAGCUGUUUGGAGACAUCUUCUCCUCCACGGACAAUGAAGAAAGCUCCAUGAUGUCCAGCUGUGUCCUCAGGGAUCCAUCAAGUCCCACCCUGGAACCAGCUGCAGAGCCCUGGGUGCCGCAGAGCGCUUGCAGAGUGACUGGAGGCGCCGCAGCGGAGACACAAAACUCCUCAGAGCUUGUGUCUCCUGUCCCGUUGGCAGACUCGGGGUCUGACUCUGACGACUCGCUGCCCCUGGAGACUCUUCUGAACGAGCUCCUGGAGAAGUGGGAGCGAGAAGAAGCGGCAGGAGAGAGGGAAAGCGAGGUACACAGCCCGUUAUCUCUCCCUCCACGAGACGAAGAGUUAGAGCCAGCACCUACUCCUCCAGACAGCGAUGUCAGUGACGAGGAGCACAGUGAACCUCUCCCCACGGCACUGUCCGAAGAGGCAGACACGUCUGCGGUUUGCAUCUCCGUGCCUGCCGUGGAUGAGGCUGACACAGCAUGGAUGGAUGCUGGCUCUGCCCCGGCUGCCCCUUCCCAGGAUGAGCUCUGCAGAGCUGAGGCACCGGCAGGGGAUUGCCCACUGCCUGCCCAGCCCCUGGCACGCAGCGCUCCUGCUUGCCCCGCCGGCAGCGCAGCCGUCCCGCAGCCCCUGGCCCCACGGCGAUGGCGCUCCAUCGCCAAGACGGCCCGGCGGGCUCUGCGACGGCUCUUCUCCUUCAGCUGCCUCAGGGGGCAGCGAGAGGACUGAGCCCAGUGCCAGGACGAUGCCCAAAGAUGCUGGCUCAGCCCUUGGACACUCAGCUCUCAAGGGCAGAGGCACGUCCGGGAAGCAACAGCACCAAUGGGAGUCACACACGGGAUGCACCAGUGGAUGGAUGGAUGGUGCCCGAGGCAACCACUUGCCAAAGGGCAAAGAAGAAAACGCUUCCCUGGAUUCCCGCAACGUGGACUGGAGAAGGGUGUUAAGCCCAGAUGAAUGACCCAUGCUGCUCAUGUCCACAAGAACCACAUGGGCCCCAGCACAGAGAAGCACUGAUGGGAUGCUACUGGAGCCAAUCAUCCUGGAUUGUCUCCUGUUUGAUGGUUUUCCCACCUCACUCCAGCUCAUGUCAUGUCUUAUGACCAGCAAUCUUCUCCGUCCCACACCGCAGUGUACCCCAUCUCCCCUUUUCACCGUUUUCUUUCCCAUCCCUUUCCUUCUGCCCCACAGUUAUUGUUAAAUAAAUUCCCCAUUAUUAAUUUUG